AUGUCGUCGUCUCUGUCGUAUUUCUUUCCCAGUCAGGGGAGCAGCGCGCUGCCGAAGAGGAUGACGACGACGACGGGGAGAAAGACGUCGACGGAUAAUAGAAGUAAUCCAACAGUGAAGCGAACGAUGCGAACGAGGAGUACUACGACGACUAAAGCGGCGAUACGAGAACCAGAGGUGACCUCCUCGUCCUCGUCGUCCUCUCGAGUGGAUUCGAACGGGUUUACGAGCAGCAGCGGGAGUAGCGCGAGUGUGAACUCCUUGCGGUCGAGCGAUGCGAGGAUUAAGAGGAAUACCAAGAAGAACUCGACGACGUCGCCGAGAGGAGGCGAAGAGGAAGAUGAAGACAAAGAAGGCCCCGCGACGACUACGUCGUCGUCGGAAAAGAAGAACGAGAACAAAACGACGACGAAAUCGUCGUCUUUAGAGAAACUGUUAAUUCCAGAGUACAAGACGGAAUCCGCCGGGUGCGGCGACGGCAUCGUAGCAAUCACGGCGAUGCAAACAGCAGCUUUAAAACGAUCGCAAUCGCCGUUACCGUACGAUCCAAUCCGAACGAGUCGAGAGUAUAAGAAAUCUCCCGGAAAAGUGGCGUUUCGCGCGAUGGAGAUUGCGACGUCGAUUGGGACUUGGUUGACGUUGGUCGCCGCGGACGUGGCGAGCGAUUCGGUGGAGAAGAACGCCGGGGUGAGAGCGGUACAGUUGAGAGAAAAGUUGACGAAGUUAGGGCCUGCGUUCGUAAAGGUUGGUCAGGCACUGUCGACGAGACCGGAUUUGCUACCAGGUCGGUAUUUGGAGGAGUUGUCGAGUUUGCAAGACGCGUUGCCGACGUUUUCGGAUAAAGAGGCGUUUGCGCUCGUGGAAAAAGAGUUGGGGAGGAAGAUGAAGGAUACGUUUAAAACGAUAACGCCUCAACCGAUCGCGGCGGCAUCGUUAGGGCAAGUGUAUAAAGCGACGACGUUGGAUACGAACAAAACGGUCGCUUUGAAAGUGCAGCGUCCGUCUAUUUACGAAGGUUUGGAGCUCGACUUUCAUCUCAUUCGCAUGUUCGGCGCGGUGGUGGACGCAAACGUGGAGAGUUUGAACACCUCUAUCGUUUCUUUAGUCGACGAAUUUGCUGAGCGCGUAUUCAUGGAGUUGAAUUACGUGCAAGAAGGCAUCAACGCGGAACGGUUUGCGCGUUUAUACGGUGAUCAUCCCGACGUAGUCGUCCCGACCAUCGAUUGGGAGCGAACGUCGGCGAGAGUUUUGACGAUGGAAUUUAUCGAAGGCACGAAACUUUCCGAGCGCGAAAAGUUAAAAGAGAAAGGUUUAGACGUGUUGAGUUUAGUGGACAUCGGUAUUCAGUGUUCAUUGAGGCAAUUGUUGGAGUUUGGGUACUUCCACGCCGAUCCUCAUCCGGGUAAUUUAUUAGCCACGAAGGAAGGGAAACUCGCGUUUCUCGAUUUUGGGAUGAUGUCUGAAACGCCCGAAACCGCUAGAUAUGCCAUCAUCGACCACGUCGUGCACUUGGUGAACAGAGACUACGAAGCUAUGGCGACGGAUUAUUACAAGUUGGAGUUUUUGGACGAAAGCGUGGACGUGAAACCAAUCGUUCCGGCGUUGGCGAAUUUCUUCGACGACGUGUUGGAAGCCUCGGUGGAAGAGUUGAACUUCAAAACCAUCACAGACGGGUUGGGCGGGGUUCUGUACGCGUACCCGUUCAACGUUCCGGGAUAUUACGCGUUAAUUUUACGAAGUCUAACCGUGUUGGAAGGAUUAGCGCUGAGCACGGAUCCGAAAUUCAAAGUGUUGGCGAAAGCGUACCCGUACGUCGCGAGACGUUUGUUGACCGACCCUCGACCAGAGUUGAGAGAAAGUUUCAAAGAGUUGAUGUUUAAAGACGACGUGUUUCGAUGGAACCGUUUAGAAAACUUACUCAGGGAAGGCUCGAAAAACAGCGAUUUUAACGCCGAGGACGUGUUGCCGCCUUUGCUCAAUCUCGCCUUGGAGAAUGAUAACGGCAAGAACACGCUGCGUCCGUUGAUUGAAAAAGAAACGAUCAAAGUUAUCGAAGCUUUGCUGUUGACCUCGGCGAACGAUAUCGCAAAAGAUCCAAACUUGAAACCGUUAGUUGACGCCUUACCGGCGCAAAUCAGAAGCCUACCUCCAAUCACAAUCGGCGGCUCAACGGCUCAAAAGAAAGAUUUGGAACGAACGAGAGAGAGCGUGAGCAGAUGCUUCCAGCUCUACGCCAACGCUUCUUCGUCGUCGUCCUUAUCAUCAUCAUCAUCUUCAACUGGUAGUGAUGGUGGCGAACAACCCAUUUCCAACGGCGAACUCGACUUACAAAAAGCGCAAAAACAACUGUCCGUGUUGACGAACGCGUUGCGCCAGCCGUUGGCGCAAGAUUUCGUGCGAGCGGUCAUCGGCGGCGUCGCGGAAAGAAUCACCGCUCGGUUCAUCAAUUCGCUGUUGCGGAGUAGUAGCGGAACUACUGGGGCGGCGGCGACUGCCGAUGCUGCCGCCGGCCCGCGAUGA